AUUACAGAUUGAAUAUAAAAUAAAAAUAUUUGUUUACUAUAAAGAAGACAUAAAACUAAAAACAAGUGGAGUGCUGCUCGCUGUAUAAAAUUUGGUACGUAGAUGUUUUUUCAAAAUAAACAUAAGAAAUCGAGAGUCACAUAAAAGAUUAUAAAAUCCUUGAUAUGAAAGUCCAAAGAAAGGAAGUUGCAAAUGAAAAAUAUCCAGGAUGAGGUGGGCCCUCCUCCCAUAUUAUCCAGUUUCAUGUCCCCGUAACACGUCAACAAGGAUAUGUAAAACGAAAUUUGACUACAAAUUCGGGGACCAUACUUGCAAAAUCAUCUAUAUAUCGGAUAACGCUAUUCUUCUUCUUUUCUUCUUCAGUCAGUCGUAGCAAUAAGUAAUGUACAUCUGUUCUCUCCUGCUUUCCAUAGUUGUUACUCAAAUUCAUAAUAUUGAUUUCGUACUUAGCGGGAGAUUUUAUGCAUUUAGCUCUUUAAAUUAAUUGGACUUAGCAAUAGCAAUAGCAAUAGUCAAUAAUGGUGACUCUUUCACUUUGCCCCUCAGUGGGAGCAAUUUUUCGCUCUCGCCAUAGCUACCCGACUGGUUCCUCAUCAUACGCUUCGACUCCCACCACUUGUCCAGCUUUAUCACUGACAUUGUCAGCUAGCAGUUCUGGUUUUUUGAAUUCAGGUUUCAACAAGUAUGACAUUAAUGUUGUUCCUGUAAGGGUUAAGUCGACUAAAUCUUUUGGGAUUCGGAUGUCUUGGGAUGGUCCUCUCUCUUCCGUUAAACUUAUUAUUCAAGGGAAAAACCUUGAGUUAACACCUGCUGUGAAGGGCUAUGUGGAAGACAAGUUGGGUAGGGCAGUUCAAAAGCACAGUCAUCUAGUCAGGGAAGUGGAUGUUAGGCUGUCUGUUCGAGGCGGAGAGCUUGGAAAAGGCCCAAAAAUUCGAAGAUGUGAAGUUACUUUAUUUACAAAAAAGCAUGGAGUAGUUCGUGGAGAGGAAGAUGCAGAAUCAGUAUAUGCAAGUAUAGAUAUGGUAUCAUCAAUUAUACAACGAAAGUUGCGGAAAAUUAAGGAGAAGGAUUCAGACCGUGGUCGCCACAUGAAGGGCUUCGAUAGGCUGAAAGUCAGGGACCCAGACAUGUUGUUUGUUCAAGAGGAUCUGCAAACACUUCCCCAAGAGGAAGAAGUUGAAGAUGAGAAAAGCGAGGUCUCUGUUACUGAGAUUGUUCGUACGAAGUCCUUUGACAUGCCACCUUUAAGUGUCACUGAAGCAAUUGAACAGCUGGAAAAUGUCGACCAUGACUUCUAUGGGUUCCGGAAUGAAGAAACUGGUGAGAUUAACAUUGUUUACAGACGAAAAGAAGGGGGUUAUGGACUCAUUAUUCCAAAGGAAGAUGGUAAAACAGAGAAGUUAGAGCCCGUGGGGGUUGAACCAGAGAAAGAACCGUCAAUAGCAGAAUAAAUUGAUUCGGUGAAAGAGUUACUAGUUAGUCACGGAGUACUUUUGCUUAGCAUUAUGUUCACUCGUUGAGAGUUAAAAGAGAGACAGUUUGGUGUUGAAACUUACUACUAUCCUCAGAAACUGUCGAGGUGAAUUGAGAACAUGACAUUGCCAAAAGAGCUUCUGUAUGAAUGUAGAUGUUCUACUUUUAUGAGCUCUGAAAAAUUUGUAAUUAUAACUUUGAGAAAAAAAGGGAAGAAAUACGCAUGUCCGCUCGCUGAAUUUUACAUUCUA